AUGAACUCAAUUCUCGAUAAGAUUGAGGGGAAAAUUACAACAGCUCACAACGCAUCCUUGAAUCAACUUUUCACUAUUGAUGAGGUGAAGGAAGCCGUUUUCUCAAUGCAUCCAGAUAAGGCGCCAGGUCCAGAUGGGCUCAAUCCAUGUUUUUAUCAAAGUUUUUGGACUGUAAUUGUUUGCAAGAUGUUGGCUAACCGCAUGAAAGCUUGCUUGAAGGAUUGUAUUGCUGAAGCCCAAAGUGCAUUUAUCCCUGGAAGAUUUAUUCUUGAUAAUGCCAUGAUCGCUUUUGAGAUUAGAUUUUCGUUGGAUUGGAUUACAAAGAUCAUGAAAAUGGUUUGUACUGUAUCUUACCAAAUAUCUCAUGCUGGUAAGAAUUUUGGUGAUAUCAUUCCAUCACGAGGCCACAGACAGGGGGAUCCUUUGUCACCAUAUCUCUUUAUCAUUGUAGCAGAGGGUCUUUCAGCUUUGUUAAAUGACGCCUUAUAUUUUUUUAAAGCUGUGGAAUCGGAGGCUAAUAUUAUUAAACAGUGUCUACUGCUCUAUCAAAAUGCAUCUGCCCAGCAGGUUAACUUUCAUAAAUCUGAAAUAUAUUUCAGCAACAAUACCACUGAAGAGGUGAAAGAUGUUGCAUCGAUUCUGAAUGUUAAAAAAGUUGAUAAACCAGGACAAUACCUUGGUUUGCCAGCUAGUGUGGGAUGCAGAAAGAAGGAGGCCUUCAAUUUUAUCCUGGACAAGGUGUGUGAAAAACUACAGAGCUGGAAACGCUCAAUCCUGUCACGAACAGGGAAGGAGAUAUUACUAAAAACGGUGGUCCAAGCUAUUCCAAAUUUCCUCAUGUCCCUUUUUGCCUUGUCGAUAGACACAUGUCUUACCAUUGAGCGUGCCAUGAAUGAUUUUUGGUGGUGA